CAGCAAAAUACAGAGAGAUCAUCAAUAUCAUCAACUCAACAACCGUUCAGAUGUCCACUUCAUACAACUAGAGACAGAAGAGAGAGAUCCAUACUUCAUAGGAGUCGUCUUCUCAAAAUUAACUUCUGUAGAACCAAUGAAUGCUUGAAUUUUCGAUUCAGCCGUUGUAAUAAAGAAUUAGGGGUUUUGGUUGGUGAAUAAGAAGGGUAUGGAGAUAUUGUCACCAUCAUCGAUAUCGUCGUCUGUAGAAAUGAGUAAUGGUGGUGGUGGUGGAGGAGGAGGAGGAGGAGAGCAUGUUAUUGAGCUGGUUAAUAAUAGUACCGAUGCAGAAAUUUCAUCCUUAACUGAUGAAAUUGCGCCUCUUUUACCACAAGUUGACAAAUCUAAGAUCAAUAUCUUUACUCUCUCAUAUCCUCGUAGAAAACAAAGUAAGGAGAGAGUGGUGAAAUCUGGGGAGGUGGAGGUAGCAUUGUUUAAUCAAUUUGUUUCCUGGGCAUGGAGUGGAUCCAAGUACUCGGGUUUAUUGUGCAUGGCAUUAUCUUCCUUAGUAUAUUGUGUCAUGGAUAUCCUAUCAGAUAUUUUCACAGUUGAAGCAAUUCCUUUGUUUGAAACUAUAUUUGCAAGAUGUACAAUUGUUAUGAUCUUGUCAUUAGUAUGGUUGAGAAAGACUGGACAACCAAUUUUCGGACCAGCAAAUGUAAGGCAUCUUCUGGCUUCAAGAGCCCUGAUAGGAUUUCUAUCGUUGUUCAGUUUUAUAUAUAGUGUACAAAACCUUCCUCUGUCCCAAGCUAUAGUGCUGAACUUCACAACUCCAGUUAUGGCUUCAAUUGCAGCGAGAAUAUUUCUGCAAGAGAAGUUGAAAUUCACAGAUAUUGGAGGUCUAGCAUGCAGUUUCUUCGGCCUGCUUUUUAUUUUCAGACCGAUGCUUAUAGCGCAAGGAGGGAUAGCUCAAACCACAGAAUUAGGCAAUAGUUAUAUUGUUAGGGUAAACCACCCGUUUUUUGCUGUGCUAGUCGGUUUAUUCUCAUCAAUUACUGGUGGGAUCAGCUACUGCCUCAUCCGAGCUGGAGCGAAGGCAUCUGAUCAACCUGUUGUUACCGUGUUUUCGUUCAGUCUAGUGGCUUGUCCUGCUGCAGCAGUAUCUACAUUCCUCUUGCAGGUAACAUUGAGAAAUAUAGUUGAGACUUUCUCUAAAUUCUUUAAACUAUAUGAUGAUCAUGUGUUACAUGUUAUUCUAUUUCUACAGAGUUACGUCCUGCCUAGUUUCUCUUCGAUUUUUCUCAUGGUAGUCCUUGGUACAUUUGCCUUCUUUGCGGAGGUGCUUUUAGCACGUGGUCUUCAGCUUGAAAAAACCAGCAAAGUUGCAAAUAUGCAUUACAUCGAGCCUCUCUUGUUGCAACUAGCGGGCAUGGGUUUGUCAAGGCUAACACCAUCAUUUGGAAGACUCGUUGGUUGCUUGCUUAUUUUAGUUUCAGUAUGUUGCACAAUAUGCUUUGGACCUGAGAAAGAAAUUGAAUGAAACAGUUGUAGGUGACUGGCCAUUUUCUUGUCUUUGCUUAGUCAAGCAGGGUUGAGGUCUCCAUAGCAGCUGUGCCUUAACGUAGCGCAGAUUUUCCUGCUGUUUUGACCUUAAAACAAAACAGUCAUCCAUUUAUAGUAAGAUGCAUCAUUUCGAGGUGAAAAUGCUGAUUGUCGACGACAAUUCGUAUCAAACCUUGAAGAUCAUUAUCGUAUCAGGCCUUGAAGAUCAUUGCUUGAAGUGACUCUAUCGUGUCAGGCCUCGAAGAUACCUGUACAAGGAAUCACAAAUAUUGUAACCUGACAUUCAGAAUGAGUGUUGUUGAUAGAAGAUUGAUUCAGAAAUUCCAGUAAAAUGCCAUUAUCUUAAAGUUUCUUAAAAUUUCACAAUAAUGAAAAUUGAGUUCGUAAGACCAUUGCCACGAAUGAAACAUAUUAAAACAAUAACAAUUA